UGAAGGAAUGGAUGGAUGGGAUGAAUGGACCAAAAUUCUACCUGUGCCCGGAUUUUCUUUCUUCCGCCAAAUUCUCGAACAAUGUGGGGUUUCCGCAACCUUGAAGCGUGAAUGGAGUGAUGGUCAUCAAAAAUAGUCUGGAGCGCGGGGUUGAAACUGGAAACUCUAUUCUUCCACCAAUAAAAUCUCUGGAUCCUUGAAUAUUAAACACGAAAGAGGAAAAUAACCAGAAAUCAUCGUGGACUUAUGACUUCCGUCAAAUUGCCCCACUCUUGGCCCAAUUGUUCAUACUCCCUCGACUACUUUUCAAACAGUUUGAAUGGCUCAAUUAAUUAUAUAUAUAUGUGUCUGCUUCCUUCCCUGAUUGUAAAUAUCUCUUCUCAAUUUUCUCUUCUCUUCCAUCACUCACCCCUCAUACUUUUCCAUCCAUCCCUUUUCUUCACUUACCCUCAUCCAUCACAUCAAUCAUCAUGGCUGAAAUCACCAUCACAGGUUGGGAUACUCGAGAUGUUCGAUUCCCCACUUCUCUCGACAAGACUGGAUCUGAUGCUAUGAACGCCGCUGGAGAUUACAGUUCUGCAUACUGUAUUCUCAAGACUGAUUCUGAAUUCUCAGGUCACGGCAUGGUAAGACCAUUCUUCUUUCCUGUCAAUUCCCCUCUUUAUAUACUCUGCUAACGAUUUCUCCCCUCGCAGACUUUCACAAUCGGUCGUGGAAACGAUAUCGUAUGUGCUGCAAUCAACCAUGUAGCCGAUCGUCUCAAGGGACGUACCCUUUCCUCCCUCGUCUCGAAUUGGGGUCAGACCUGGAGAUAUCUCGUUUCCGAUUCACAACUCAGAUGGAUUGGUCCGGAAAAGGGUGUUAUUCAUCUUGCGCUUGGAGCCGUCGUCAAUGCUAUCUGGGAUUUAUGGGCAAAGACACUCAACAAGCCCGUGUGGAGAAUCGUGGCAGAUAUGAGCCCAGAGGAGUUCGUCAGCUGUAUCGAUUUCCGUUAUAUUACAGAUGCCAUUACACCUGAAGAAGCUAUUGCUAUGCUCAAGGCCGAAGAGGGAGGAAAGGCCAAGAGAAUUGAAGAUGCUUUGAACAACAAAGCUGUUCCGGCUUAUACUACAAGUGCCGGAUGGUUGGGUUAUGGUAAAGACAAGAUGAAGGGGCUCUUGGAGGAAACUUUGGCAAAGGGAUAUAGACAUUUCAAGCUCAAGGUCGGAACAUCCGUUGAGGCUGAUCGUGAACGUUUAUCAAUUGCCAGAGAAGUCAUUGGAUAUGACAAGGGCAAUAUUCUUAUGGUUGACGCAAACCAGGUAGGUUACCUCGUGGUAGUGUCAAUAAGUUCAAGAACUAACAUUCUUAUAGGUCUGGUCUGUUCCUGAAGCUAUUGAAUACAUGCAACAACUCAAAGAAUUUAAGCCAUGGUUUAUCGAGGAGCCCACUUCUCCCGAUGAUAUCCUCGGCCACAAAGCUAUUCGUGAAGCUCUGAAACCAUAUGGAAUCGGUGUUGCAACCGGUGAGAUGUGUCAAAACAGAGUUAUCUUCAAACAACUUCUAGCCAGUGGAGCCAUUGAUGUCUGCCAGAUUGAUGCUUGUCGUAUGGGAGGUGUCAACGAGGUCUUGGCUGUUUUGCUUAUGGCAAAGAAAUUCGGUGUCCCAAUUGUUCCACACAGUGGCGGUGUUGGGCUUCCAGAGUACACUCAACAUUUAAGUACUAUUGACUAUGUUGUAGUCAGUGGAAAGUUGAGCGUUUUGGAAUACGUCGACCAUCUUCAUGAGCACUUCGAGAACCCAUCCGUCAUCAAGGGUGGUUACUACCAGACUCCAUUGGAGCCAGGAUAUAGUGUUGAGAUGAAGGCAGCAAGUAUGGAUCGAUAUGAGUUCCCAGGAAAGGAUGGAGUCAGUUGGUGGAAGAGUGAAGAGGCUAAGCCUAUCUUGGAGGGUAUCAAGAUAUAAUUUAUGUUGUCGGUGGAGUUGUGAGGGGUGUCGAUGAUGUUAAUGUUGAGUCAUCGGCAGCAGGGCAACGAUGGCAUCCUGUAUGAUUAUGUUUCAUCCCAGUGGGGUCGAGGGUUUUCAUGUUGGGCCCUCUUCCGCAGGGCAACGAUGGCAUCCUGUAUAACAUUUGUUAUCCUAAAACUGUAGUACCAUUAUUUAUAUACCUAUUUAUUUAUAUGUUGAUUUACUUACAGCUCAGUCAUUGGUGACCGAUGAAAGUCCUAUAACUCGAUCCAUUAAC